CACACAUGCAGAGAGACAGAGAAAGCCGUUUGUCACAAAACAAAACCCGCAAAGCCAACUCGCUCAAAGAAAGAGAAGAGAAACAUUGGAUUUCAUGUAUAAGCAUUGCAUACAACAAACAACAAGCAGUUGGACAAGACAACGCUCUAACAAUCUACUACCACUGUCAAUCAGUCAUUUAUUUAUUUAGCUUCUCAUGUACAUAA